AUAUCGAACUUCAAUAAAUCGGCAUAACUCACUUCCGGGUUUGACGUCAUGACGUAACGCCCUGUCGCAUUUGACGCCAUCACGCGCACGUGUAGGAAACGUGGUGCUGAACGUUCAUCAUUUCAUUAGGAGUGAAAAUGGCCACGCGAGCUCCGGUAAAGAUUGGGAUCAUCGGUGGUUCUGGUCUUGAUGAUCCAGACAUCCUGGAGGACCGAACUGAGCGCUAUGUGGAGACGCCAUUUGGAAAGCCAUCAGAUGCUCUGAUUCUGGGUAAGAUCCAAGACGUGGAGUGUGUGCUGCUCGCGAGACAUGGCAGGAAACACACCAUCAUGCCGUCUAAUGUGAAUUAUCGUGCGAAUGUCUGGGCUCUGAAGGAGGAGAAGUGUACUCACAUCCUCGCCACCACAGCGUGCGGCUCGCUGAGAGACGAAAUCAGACCGGGGGACAUCGUCCUCAUCGACCAGUUUAUCGACAGGACAACUAAGAGGGCGCAGACGUUUUAUGAUGGUGAACUCAGCCGUCCUCCUGGUGUGAGUCACAUUCCCAUGGCGGAACCCUUCUGCUCCAGAACCAGAGAGGUUCUGAGUGAGGCAGCGAGGUCUCUGGGCGUGUCUUUCCAUGCUAGUGGCACGAUGAUGUGUAUCGAGGGUCCGCGGUUCUCCUCGCGUGCCGAGUCUUUGAUGUUUCGUCAGUGGGGCGCUGACGUCAUCAACAUGACCACCGUCCCCGAGGUGGUGCUUGCCAAGGAGGCGGGGCUCUGCUAUGCCGCCGUAGCCAUGGCAACCGACUACGAUUGCUGGAAGCAGCACGAGGAGGCGGUGUGUGUGGACAACGUGCUGAAAACCAUGAAAGAAAAUGCAAACAAAGCGAGCAGCAUCUUACUGACGACCAUCCCACUGAUCAGCCAACUGUACUGGGAGGAGACCAUCAGCCAGCACCGGGCGAUGGCUCUCUGCUCCGUGAUGCUGCCCAAACACUGAAUCUCCUGAUGAUAGACACACACACUGCACUCUUCUGUAAUGAGCAAAGUGCCUGAUCACAUUUCAGCAAGGACAAAAGGUCAUUUAGCAUUUCACACACACACACACACACACACAUACACACACACAAACAUUUAAGGUACAUUCACACUAGCUAAUGGCACAAGAGUGUGUGUUCAUGUGUUGUUGGUUUUUUUGUUUUGUUUUUACAUAAUUUUACUGUAUUCAUUUUUAUAGCAGUAAAAUGUAAAUCAUGUGGAUGAUUUGUGUUUAAUAAUUUACAGUCGUGUCAGUCAUCAGAAUAAUAAACAAAUAAAACUUU